AUGGUCAAGAAGAGAAAGAACAACGGCCGCAACAAGAAGGGCCGCGGCCACGUCAAGCCCAUCCGAUGCAGCAACUGCUCUCGCUGCACCCCCAAGGAUAAGGCAAUCAAGAGAUUCACCAUCCGCAACAUGGUUGAGUCUGCCGCUAUCCGUGAUAUCUCGGAUGCCUCUGUCUUCGCCGAGUACACGGUUCCCAAGAUGUACCUGAAACUGCAGUACUGCGUCUCUUGCGCUAUCCACGGCAAGAUUGUCCGCAAUUGGAUACACUCCCCCCUCAUAUUCGCCAUGACGCAAAUGACCCGUGUCCGAUCUCGCGUGGGCCGCCGCAACCGUGCUCCCCCACCGCGUGUCCGCUACAACAAGGACGGCAAGAAGAUCACCCCUACUGCACCUAAGGCUUGA